AUGAGCGCAGCAUUGCUUUCGGAGAAGUCUUUGGCUUCAACUAUGGCCAAACUACAAGAGAGCGGCGCAUACUCGGACUUCCAGAUCGUGUGUGGCUCAGACACGUACCACGUCCACAAAGCCAUCAUCUGCCCUCAGUCAGAGUUCUUCCGCGCCGCGUGUCGCCCACAUACAUUCCGAGAGGGGGAAACCAAUGUCAUCAAGAUUUCUGCUGGUCCAGGUCGGGACAUUGCCUUCUAUUCCCAGCCUCUCGAUGAGAGUGAUUUUGAUUGGGACUUGGAUGUCGAGACCACUGCAACCGUCAAACUCAUGGUCUGCUAUCUCUAUCGCCACGAUUAUCUCGAGGAGGAGACUACAGAAGCCCUCAAAAAGAAGUUGACUUUAUGCGGCACCAGCAACCGCAAAGGACUCCUCGCUGAGCACGCCAGAAUGUAUGCAAUGGGCGAUAAGUACGGCAUCUCUGGGCUCAAAGCACUAGCAGUUGCCAAGUUCAAAGAUCUCUUCAUCCACUGUCAUGACGGCCUGGCUGCAGCGCUCAUCAUUGCUUUCAAAGGAACCCCAGAUACAGACAGAGAGUUGCGAGAGGUGGUGUUUGUGAAGCUUCAUCCAUACCGCAAAGCAUAUAAGGAGAAUGCAGAGGUGCAAGCAGUCAUCUCACGGAUUCCUGAUCUUUGUUAUGGUCUGUACCGCAAGCUGUUAGCGGAUUACUGA